AUGUCCAUCUCAGCCUCCGAGUAUAGCGACCUCGUUAUUACCAUAACGUCAUCGUACGAUGCCGUCUUGUUCGAUCGUGGCACUGGCGCUACGAGAUACGCCGGCUUCUGGAAUCCCAAGUCACAAGGGCUUCUGCGACCCCUGGGCAGCGUUGGCGUUGAAAGCUAUGAUGAUAUCAACGGCAAUCGUCGGCCAUACCCAGAUCUGGGACGAGCAAAGGAGCCCGUCUCCUUCUGGCGACCUGUGCCGCCCAAGGGCUACAUCUCGCUAGGCGACAUUGCGCACAAGGGCUGGAAUGAGCCCGAUGUUUAUAGGAUCUGGUGCCUACGUGACGACCUCGCUGUCCGCGGGAGCCACGCCCCCCGGCGCUUCUGGGAUACGAGCAAGUCAAAGGCUAAGGAAAUGUCCGUCUGGGAGGUCCAACCUAUCUUGCACAGUUCUAGAGUGACUGGCCAGGACUCGAGCUCCAAGAUCGCCUUCGCCCUCGGUAACUUCUGCAACGUCGAAGGCUACUCGCCUCCUGACGCGAGCCUCGCCAACGUUGUCGUGCUGCCGGUCGAGAGCCUUAUAAACACGAAGUAG